AUGACCGAAAUGAGCGAGAAGGAGAACGAGCCGGAUGACGCGGCCACUCAUGCCCCCCCAGGGACCAUCUCCGCCCUCCAGGAAACCAAGCUCCAGAGAUUCAAGCGCUCACUCUCCCUCAAGACCAUCCUCCGAAGUAAGAGUGUGGAGAAUUUCUUCCUCCGUUCAGGCUCUGAGCUCAAGUGCCCGACUGAGGUGCUGCUGACGCCCCCAACCCCUCUGCCUCCUCCCUCUCCACCACCUGCAUCCACAGACAAGGACCAGCCCACCCCGGCCCCCUCUCCCUGCCCAAACCCACGUUCCCUGGCACCACUCAAACCAGUGAGACUGCACAGCUUCCAGGAACAUGUCUUCAAGCGAGCCAGCACCUGUGAGCUGUGCCACCAGCUCAUUGUGGGAAACUCCAAGCAGGGCUUGCGAUGUAAGACAUGCAAAGUCAGCGUCCACCUCUGGUGCUCUGAGGAGAUCUCCCACCAACAAUGCUCAGGCAAGACGUCCACCUCCUUCCGCCGAAACUUCAGCUCUCCUCUUUUGGUGCAUGAGCCACCACCAGCAUGUGCCGUAAGCAAAGAGUCCCCACCCACUGGGGCCAGCGGGAAGGUGGACCCUAUCUAUGAGACCCUGCGCUAUGGCACCUCCUUGGCACUGAUGAACCGCUCCAGCUUCAGCAGCACCUCCGAGUCCCCCACACGGAGCUUGAGUGAGAAGGAUGAGUUGACUGAAGAUGGAGAAGGCAGCAUCCGCAGCUCAGAGGAGGGACCUGGUGACAGCGCAUCUCCAGUGUUCACAGCCCCCACUGAGAGUGAAGGAUCAGGAUCAGAGAAGAGUCCUGGGCAGCAGCCGCCCAAGCCUCCCCUGCGGAAGGAUGUGGGACCCAUGUACUCUUAUGUUGCACUUUACAAGUUUCUGCCCCAGGAGAACAAUGACCUCGCCCUACAGCCUGGAGAUCGGAUCAUGCUGGUGGAUGAUUCUAACGAGGACUGGUGGAAGGGCAAGAUUGGCGACCGGGUUGGCUUUUUCCCAGCUAAUUUUGUGCAGCGGGUGAGACCAGGAGAGAAUGUUUGGCGCUGCUGCCAAGCCUUCUCCGGGAACAAGGAACAAGGCUACAUGAGCCUCAAGGAGAAUCAGAUCUGUGUGGGCGUGGGCAGAAGCAAGGAUGCUGAUGGCUUCAUCCGAGUCAGCAGUGGCAAGAGACGGGGCCUGGUACCAGCUGAUACCCUGACUGAAAUCUAA